AUGGACGAAAGGAGCACAAAAAAGAGUUUAGAACCAAAAAUUAACGUAAGUUCACUCAAAACCUCAUACAAAUCGCUCAUAUUCUCGUUUAGAAUCCAUGGGAACAUCAAAAAACCUAUUUCGGCGUCGCCGCUGCGCAGUCAAGCACAAAACGGCUGAACCCUGGUCUACCGGUAAGAGAUGUCAAAGUACAGUGUUCAGAAAUGAAAAAGAGGCGUGGUUUCAUGUUAAUUUUGUAUUUUCAGUUGAGAAAACAAUUUUUGCAAAAAUGACAAAAUUGCAUUGCAGGACGCGCUUCUUGGCCCACUAGUGACUGUUCUCGAUCCGUGCACUCUACACGAGCCGAUUCACACGCGAUUUCCGUGGGAAGAGGUCGAACGACGUCUCGCCAAGAACUUCAAUCUGAGUAAAUCGUCGGCGAGAGGUGCGCAUGAGCAGGACAGUUCUGGAGAGAUGUCGGACGGCGGAGCGUCCAGAUCGGACUCGCCGGGUCGGAUGGGCGGUCAGCUGAAAGGCGAGAAGGAGCAGUUUAUGGAGGAAAUCAUCGAAUUAAUUACAAAUAUUAAAAAAUGUUAGUGAUUUUUUGCUGUAAGGCUUUCCAUAAAAGCGAAAGUCUGUUCAGCACUCACUUUUCUGUAACAUUUUCAGACAACGAUCCGUCGCUCGCCUCUACCGACACGUGGAUUGAGAAGGCGUUUAUGGAGAGAAUAGCCCGACAGCUAGUACUGAUACAGUGCUAUCUGCCGGGCUUACUCCAAAUUGACGACGUUGUCAAUGCAUUGCUCUUCGAGAAUGGACCCAUCAUUUUAGAGCAUUUGCUCAUUGAAAUGCCCGAGAACGUCGUCUCAAUUGUCAAUUCGCUCCUCAGCAACUCGACGCCGGGCGUUCGGAUGCGUUAUCGAAACGAGACGGUGGCCAGGGUCAGCAGAAGUGUUUUUGAGCGAAAAUCAGUUUAUGAUUUAUUUUCAGCUCAUCCACAUCUAUCCGCAAUUCGCGCGGCGAGUCGUCGAAAAGUUCUCCAAGUUCCGGAACGAUUGUGUUUUUGCGUGUCGACUGGCUGUCGACCAGCUCGACGAUAGACAGUUUUUAGAGUUUUUAGAGCCUCGGCUCGCCGACAGAGGUAAGUGUGCGCUAUACCGAAAUCGUGGCGGCGAUUUCAAGUUCAAGUAGAAAUUGUCAACGCUUCUCACAUUUUCUGCACAUUUUGAGCUAAGAACAGGCACAAUUCAAGUUUUUGACUGAAAGCGAUUGAACUUUUGCAGACUCGCAAGUGUCGAAGACGGUGCUUAAAAGCGCCGGCCGUCAAGUGCUCCCGCUGGUAACCGCCCGACUCCUCCGAAUGGCCGAGCACGUGCUCGAUUGGCAAUCGACGGUCCAUCCGUCCACGUCGGCGCCGCCCAUGGGAAAUGCUCCGUGGUGCACGCGGCUCUCGUUCUGCCUCGUCGAACUCAUGAACACCUCUUUGGAGCCGUGGAAAGAGCGCGACGUCAUCGUCAUCAGUCGAUUCGUGUUCCGAACGUCCACGCAGCCGUCCGCGGUUUCCGACGCCGAAAUAGCCAUGGACGACUCGGAGCCGAUGGAUCUGAGCUUCCGCGACGAUUCGGUCGAUUCGAUCGUUCCGGACUCGGAGCCCGAGACGGAUCGUCCCCGUCCGCAACUGUCGCCGAACAUUCAGGUCGAGCAGAGUCCAUUCGGAGACGCCCACGAGAUAUUCGUCCUCUCCGCGCUCAUCGCCAUUCCCUUCUUCACACAGUAUACUACUGAACUCUCUCAAAUAUUGUAGAAAACGGAAAUCUGUCUAGGUACCCGAUCAAUCAAACGCACGCCGUACAGCCGCCGGAUCGAGCAGUCGAAAACUGGUUGGAUAUCACUAGAAAACGGGCUUUGAUGGGCAAAAAGGUAAUAAAAACGGGGGGCGUCGCCUGGAGAACAGUGCAAAAACAUCCGAUUAGAUCACCUCGUCGUUUGUGGCGCACCUCGUCCACGUGCACGCGUGCAUCAUGUCUUCGCGAAUCGACGAGCUCGCCGAGUUUGCGAGCGAAGGAAUGCGCCAGAAAGUGGAGUUGAACAAGACGCACAAUCACGCGCAAGUGCUCAAAAACGCGUUCACGUCGAGAUGCAUGACCGAGAUCGAGGUGGCGAAACGGUAAGCGUCCGUCCUCCACACCACGAUGUACUAAUCGAUUCCAUUGAGCUCUAGAAGUGUGUGUCUGUCGGUGACAAAGUUCCUGGCGGGCAACAAAAAGAACGGCACGAGCAUUCCGCUCCGCUCGAUUCAUGCUCUGCAGACCGCCGGAGUCUAUAAAGCGUUUCAGAUUGAUAUUGGAGUGAGUGAACGACGAAGUUCUACGAAUCCUCUCAAUCUUUUCCAGAUGUGGCUCGAAGAGCAGCUAGACAACAUCCAGGUGCCGGCUUCCGAGCUGCUCGCCGACGUGGUCGAUGGGUUCGCGCAAAGCACGGCCUCAAGUGCCGGAAAAGGGCUCAGCGAGGAGUUCGUCGAGGCAACGUUCGCCGGAGAAAUGCUCGAUAAACGGACGGUCCCGAAACGCCUCUUCGUACUCCUUUUCCUGUGCUCCUAUCGAGAAGGUGCGAUGCGAAUUGACUCAUCGAUGAGGAAUAUGGUAGCUCUUCACAUCUCUUUCAAAGAAAACUUUUGUUUUUCAGCGCUACAAGAUCUCACUGUAUCGUAAACUUCCCGUAAGGUAUCUGAUUUCAGUAAUGGAAGCGGAGCGGAAGGAUUAUGAUUGUGUUCGGUCGAAAAUUGUACGCUCUUUCUGGUUUUCAAGACGUAUUCCAGUACUUUUCAGAUCACCCGCUCCGCCCUUCUGUUCCCCUACCUCAUGCCGACCCCAGAAUCCAUGAAUCUCGUGAUGGACGAUCAGAGACCGCCGGAAAUCGAGUGUGAGAAGAGAAUGAAGACAAUAAAAGGGCUGAAAGACAUGACGAAGAAGUUGGAGCUGCUCGAGAAGCUCUCGUUGCGCGAGCAGCUCUCCGCCCUUCCGCUCGUCCUCGACAUCUUCUCGGCUUCGCUGAAAACGACAAACUCGCACAGAUUCGGAUAUUUGCUCUGCAAACAGUUCGAUCGAUACGAACAAGUCGAUCCGCGCACACUUUUCGAGCGAUCCGUCGACCGGUGGCUGAAGAACGACGAAGAAGUGACGGUGGAGGAUGUGAUCAAGAUUCCCUCGCUGCUUUUCAGAUGUGAAAGGUUCGGACUGAGUGUUGGGUGUAGACCCACAAUAUUGAAACCGUACGCCAUUGUGCGGCGCGUGUUCUCUGCGUCUCUCUCUCUCUCUCUCUCACCCAAAGCUGAUUUGCCUGAUGCACAACACUGAGAAAUGACUGAAUUUUAGCAUUUUGAUUGUAAAAGUACUAGAAUAAGUGUACAGUUGCUCGCAGAUCGAUCCUAAACUCGCCGCCACACUUCUACUGUUUCGUGCGAGCUCUCAACUUUUUCAACAAAAUGGUCCGUGUCGAGAAUCGUCUCAAAUUGCUGGAGAUCAUUGCGAAAACGCCCGCGGGCCGCUACAAUCUGUAAGUUCCGUGCCCCGUCCGUUCUAGCCAAUAACCGAAACCAAGCGAAUCCGAUAGUUCGAAUCUGAAAGACGAGCGCCGAGCGAAGGAGAUGUUCAACGGAGCGUACCUCGACAUUCAGCACAGCACGCUCGUCCACGCGCUCAUCGAAGUUUGCGACUCGAAACGCAUGAAAGACGGUAAAUACUGGCCGGCUCCCUUUCUAAGUCACCUAAGUCACACCAAAAUGGUUUCAAUUUGAAUUUCGGGCCACAAUGACGCCACGCCCCUUUUUUUCAACUUUUGGUGGCCGUGCAAGUCGGUAAAACGCUCCGUAUUUCAGACCCGUCGGACUUUGGAAUGCUCGAAAAGCGGCAAGAGAUCCGGCGGAUCGCGUGCGAGUACAUCCACCGCACAUUCCUCGACCACGAGGGACUCAUCCGCAUCGUGCUCCACCAGAAGAUCCCGUUCCACCAGGUGCGCGAUCUGGUCGACCGCGUGCCGGCGCUCUUCGCCGGACACGCCAACAUUCUCGAAAUGCUCUCGCUCGCCGACCCACACCGCCGCUUCUUCGCCGUCGUUUUCGCCGCGGAGAUUUGCAGAAAGUACCGGGUGCGCGAGUCGUUGGAGACCGCCCGUGUCGUGUGCGACAUUGUCCAUUCGCUGCACAAAUUCGGAGAACUGCCCUCCGCGUACAAAUUGUGGCAGCACGUCGCGCCCGCCCUCAUGGUGCUCACUACAGUGGGUUUGGGGCACAAAACGCAAUACUUUAAUCAAUUUUUUACAGGAAUUUCCCUCACUUUCCGACAGCAUCAGCCGUCUUCUGCUGCGCGUGGCGACGAAUGCGAAGAACCGGCUCGCUGUGAAAUGCGGACUUUUGGCCGGCGAUCGGCGGCACGAAGAGCACGAUUUGAUUCGGAUGAUCUCCUCGUUUUUGGACAGAAACACCCUCUCCGCUCUAUAA